UCAAUAUUCAAAAUGGAGAAUAGUAAGUUUUAAUGAUUUGUCCUGCACUACACAUCCUACCUGAGUUCUGCUCAAUUUGACAAGGUAGUGCAGUAUUUUGGAUAAGGUAUCGAGCUGUAUAAAUUACGAGAAUAAUAGAUCCUCCUAAACCAAGAAAUAAAAAAAACGAAGCUCUCUCAAUAAUGGAUCUGCAGUCAUUGCAACAGAGUUUAUCUAGCAACCCUCAGCAAGUUAGCAUGAGAAAGAGUUCAAAAUUUACUGAGAAAAAAGACCCAUUUAAGAGAUUAAAGGCUCUCCAAGAUUCUGAGUGCAAAUUUGGGCCAAAAGGCAGAAACUCGAUCACCGUUCAUCCUCCUGAAUACGAAGAAGAGGCUGUUGCAAGAGAAGAAGAUCUUAGAGAAGCCAAGUACUUCUGCAUGUAAUCUGACUUUAAUAGAAGGAAAAAGCAAGCACUUUUAAGUAAAGUCAAGCAAACAAGGAAAUAAAUUUUUGGAGCGAAGAGAUCAAAUGAAAGCUAAAAGAAGAAAUGGAGAGAAAACACUGGAUUCUUCUAAUGAUAGUAUCUCUGAUGAUCUUAAAAUGAUCAAAGAAGCUUGUCAGAGAAGAAAGAAAUCAAAAAGUAAAUUAUUCAAGAUUGUGAGAAGAGAUUCAUUUGAUUCAAGAUUCACUGAGGAAGAAAAACAGAAGCUAAAAGAUAGAAUGGAUGAGAAAUUUGGAGAAAAAGACUUGGACACUGUCAUAGAGCAAACAGAGCCUACUCCUUUCUGGAGCUAUCUCAAAAGAGACUCAAAUACAGCGAAGAAUCUUUGAGCAAAGGCUGAAGGGUAUCAGAUUGAUAUAGAUAUGAGAUCUGAUAGUCAGGCUACAGAAGGAUUGAAACAAACCCAACAGGCUAAGCCAAGAAAACAGCGAAAGAAGUGGAAUAGGGAAAACAAAGAAAAUCUGAUUCAGGCCAAUAAUAAUAAUAUCGCUUCUCAAAAAUAUCAGGAUAGUGAAAAGAUCACUGAACAUGAGACGUUCACUUUUGAAAAUAAAUCUGAAGAAGAAAAGAGAGUCCAAACCAAAGGGCCGUUUCGAAGAUACAUGAAACCUACAGAGAGUAGGAUAGCUAAAUCCAAAACUUCAACUGAUAAUCAAUCUUCUCUUUCUGAAGAAACCAAUAAUUACCACAACAGGCUGAGAAAGAACACCAAGGAUGCAAUAGAGAAAGAAAUUAAACUAAAAAAUGACAAUCCACGAGCAAGAUCUCUUGAUGAUUCCCAGUAUUUAAAGAAUGGUGUUUUCGUAGCCAGGAAGAUGCCUAAUUUUGGGAAUCAACAGUGGAGGCCUCAUUUUGGAACUAAAAAGAUAACCAAAGUAAAACCUUUCACUCUUCUGACAGAAAAGAGAGCCAAAAGUGCAAGGGUUGAUGACUUACAGAGGAGAGGAAAGCAUUGAAUGAUUAGUAAAAAGUCAACUAAAAUGCCUACAAUUCCUGUCAGCCCGAAAUUACUAACACAAGAAAGAUCUAAAAUGAGAUAAUUACUGAAUUUGCACACAAGUGUUAUAAUUU